CCCUCUCCUCCCAGCAGCCUCUGCCUGUUGCUAGGGCGAAGGGAGCGGAGCCUGGGCCUAGCCUCGGGGAUUACUUUACUCCCGGCAUCAUGAGUACCAUGUGCGCUGACACUAUCCUCAUUGUGUUUAUCUCGGUCUGCACCGCCUUGUUAGCCGAAGGUAUCACAUGGGUACUGGUGUAUAGAACUGACAAAUACAAACGCCUGAAGGCAGAAGUAGAAAAACAGAGUAAGAAAUUAGAGAAAAAGAAAGAGGCCAUUACGGAAUCUGCAGGGAAACAACAAAAGAAGAAAAUAGAGAGACAAGAGGAAAAACUGAAAAAUAAUAAUCGGGACCUCUCAAUGGUGCGAAUGAAGUCUAUGUUUGCUAUUGGAUUCUGUUUCACUGCUUUGAUGGGCAUGUUUAAUUCUAUAUUUGAUGGACGAGUAGUAGCUAAGCUCCCAUUUGUGCCUUUGUCAUACAUCCAGGGAUUGUCCCAUCGCAACCUUCUCGGAGAAGAUUAUACCGACUGUUCUUUCAUUUUCUUGUACAUUUUAUGUACAAUGUCCAUUCGUCAGAAUAUUCAGAAACUACUGGGUCUUGCUCCAUCACGUGCUGCUACCAAACAGGCAGGAGGAUUCCUGGGACCUCCACCUCAAGCAAGCAAAUUCUCAUGAGCCCAAUAUUAAUCUGAUAUCUAUGUACUAAAUGUGGCUCUUCAUAGCUGAAAAGGCAAUUUGAAUUUUGUUUCUAUUUGGCAUUUAAAUCUAGAAAGGUUGAUGUGUGAAGUUAUUGGAAUACUUAUGUGAUAUUAAACUGCCAUUUUUUGAAUACAGAAUCACAAGCCACUUUGCUGCGUGGUUAUGAUUCUUUGAAUUGUUGAACAGAUAGUGAACUUAAGCCUAAAAUAGCAAAAUAUCGAAAUAAGUUAUAAAUUAUAGAAAUUGCUUCUUGAUGGGUUUAAUUAAAUGUUCAAUUUAAAAAUGACUGUUUGAUCUGAAAUAAUUUUGUUUUGAAAUGUUAAUCUAAAAAAUGGAAAGUUAACUUGUGAUGAGGCUGAUGUAUUGAAAGAAUAAAAAGUUUUAAUCUUUCAA